AUGGAGUUAGGGGCAAUUGAUUUAGUGAUUAUAAUAGUAGGAAUUGUUGUUGGUUUUUAUUAUUGGUCAACAGCGACUUAUAAUCAUUGGAAACGAUUGAACGUUCCUGGUCCGAAACCACUUCCACUAGUUGGUAACUUCGGUUCUUUUUAUUUUGGACAAAAAGCAUUCGCAGAUGUUCACCGAAAAUUUUACAAGGAAUGGAAACACGAGCCAUUCUUUGGUAUUUACAAUGCACGUUUGCCGGGUCUAAUGGUGACAGAUCCAGAGUUAAUACGUCAUAUCUUGAUAAAAGACUUCAAUGUCUUCAACGGUCGUGGAAUUAACAUCAAUGAAAAUGACCCGUUGGCGCAUCAUCUGUUCAACAUUGAAGGGCACGAGUGGAAAGUACUACGCUCUAAAUUGACACCCGCAUUCACGACAGGUAAACUCAAGCACAUGAUCGAUUUAAUGAUCGAGUGCGCAGAUCACUAUGAAAAGUUUUUGAAGGACCAAAUUGGAAGUGGCAAAGUACUUGAGAGUCGGGAAUUGGCGGCGAAAUUCACCACGGAUAUCAUUGGAUCUUGUGCGUUCGGCAUUAAUAUGAAUGCUAUUGGUCAAGAAGACAGUCAAUUUCGAAUAAUUGGAAGAAAAAUUUUUGAACCAACUAUUUGGAAUAUGGUUAAACGAUUGAUGUCAAUUUUGACACCGGGACUGUUCAGGUUUUUGGGCUUGCUGACUUUGUCAAAUGAACACACUAAUUUUUUUAUAAAUUCUAUAAAAGAGACCAUAAAGUUCCGUUUAAAAGAAAAAAUUGUUCGUCAUGAUCUGGUUGACAUGUUGAUUGAUAUUAAGAGACAUCAAAAUGAAAUCGAUUUCGGUAAAUUUAAUUUUUUUUAUUUAUUAGCUUACAUUAACAGAGGCUCUUUUGGCAUCGCAAGCUUUCGUUUUCUUCGCCGCAGGCUUUGAAACUUCCUCAACGACAAUUUCUUUCGCAUUGUACGAAUUAGCAACUGUUCCUGAAACUCAAGAAAAAUUAAGAGCUGAAAUAAUUGAAACACUGGCAAAACACAAUGGUCAAAUAUCAUACGAAGUUAUCAAUGAAAUGAAAUACCUCAAUAUGGUUUUACAAGAAACGCUGAGAAAAAAUCCUCCAGUUAUUCUUCUUCAAAGAAAAUCGAUACAACCCUACCAAGUACCUGGAAGUGAUGUAACAUUACCUACAGGAACAAGAGUAUUCAUCCCGGUGUACAGUAUCCAUCACGAUGAGCAAUACUUUCCAAACCCCGAACUUUUUGAUCCUGAGCGAUUUGACGAAGAUGAUAAGAAACAUUCUAUGACCCAUUUGCCAUUUGGCGACGGCCCUAAGAACUGUAUCGGCGCGAGAUUUGCUGCUUAUCAAUCAAAACUAGG